AUGUUUAUUCGUCGGUUGCAUACCAGUUCGCGAAGGUUAACAUGCGGCGAGGCUCUUCGUGCGUGCCAGCAAACAGGCGCUAGAAGUGCUAAUGGCCAGCUGAUGCUGUCGCAGCAUGUACAGGAAUUCGACCCGGAGAUGUACGAUAUAUUAACUAAGGAACGCUCAAGACAGAAGCGUAGUAUCACUUUGAUUCCAAGCGAGAACUUCACAUCAGUGGCUGUUAUGAACUUGCUCGGAAGUGAAAUGCAAAACAAGUACUCGGAAGGGUAUCCGGGUCAGCGGUAUUAUGGGGGUAACCAGUACAUCGAUAUGGCAGAGUCCCUGUGCCAAAAGCGCGCUCUGGAGCUAUAUGGGCUAGAUCCCGCCAAAUGGGGCGUCAAUGUACAGUCAUUGUCCGGAGCACCAGCGAACCUCUAUGCUUACUCAGCCAUUAUGGAGGUUGGCGAUCGCAUGAUGGGUCUAGAUCUUCCUCACGGUGGCCAUCUGUCCCACGGUUACCAGCUACAAAAUGGAAACAAAAUUUCGUACAUCUCCAAGUACUUCCAGACCAUGGCGUACCGUGUGGACCCUGCCACAGGCUUGGUCGACUAUGAUACCCUGUCUGAGACCUCGAAACUCUUCAGACCUAAGGUGAUUGUUGCUGGUACAUCAGCAUAUGCGCGGGUCCUGGAUUAUAAGCGGUUUAGGGAGAUUGCCGAUGCCUGUGGCGCGUAUCUCCUCUCUGAUAUGGCGCAUGUUUCUGGUUUGGUUGCAGCUGGUGUGCACCCAUCUCCCUUCGAGUACUCCGACAUUGUCACCACUACCACACACAAAUCCCUAAGAGGACCAAGAGGUGCCAUGAUUUUCUACCGGAAAGGCAUUAGAAAGGUGACCAAGAAGGGAACCGAGAUCAUGUAUGACUUGGACAAGCGCAUCAACUUCUCGGUUUUCCCAGCUCACCAGGGCGGGCCACAUAACCAUACCAUUUCCGCACUUGCCGUCGCGUUGAAGCAGGCUGCUACUCCAGAGUUCAAGAACUAUCAAACCGCUGUGGUAGAGAAUGCCAAAGUUUUUGGCGAAGAACUAAGUAAGCGUGGCUUUAGUCUUGUCUCCGGAGGAACUGAUACACAUCUGCUAUUGAUCGACUUGUCCCCCAUGGGCAUUGACGGGUCUAGGCUUGAAACUAUACUGGAACGACUAAAUAUUGCGGCCAACAAGAACACCAUCCCAGGCGACAAGUCCGCUCUAUAUCCUUCUGGCCUGAGAGUCGGUACGCCUGCAAUGACCACCCGUGGGUUUGGCCCGGCCGAAUUUGGCCGGGUUGCAGCGUAUAUCAACGAGGCUGUUAAACUGGCAAUUGGCUUAAAGUCACAAGAGCCAGUAGACGCUAAGGACGCCAAGACCAGGUUGGCUCACUUCAAAAGUUUUUGCGCAGAAUCGGAACAGGUAACCAAGCUGGCCAACGAGGUGGCAGACUGGGUUGCACAGUACCCUGUGCCAGGAGAAUUGUAA